AAUUCACCAUUCUCUCUUUCUUCUUCUCUCUCAAUCUCCCAUCCACCUCCUCUGUCGGUCGCUUCACCGAAUCUCCAGAUCUGGAAAACCUAAUUUAUUACUUUUAUUCUCGAAAUAUAUAUAAUCUUCAGUGUAUUGUUGAGCAGAAAGGAAAUAUUUUGGCCGAAUUUUGGAGAAUUGCAGGUUGAGUGGCGACGGGGAUUACAGCGGUGGCUACAAAUGCAGUUUGCCUGAAACCAUCGAAGGGAUUAAUUUGUUCGCUUCAAUUUUACCUCAAAAAAAUUGUUGCUCAGAGAUCUGAGCUGAUUGGAUCAAGAAACAGAAACGAGGUGGUAUUUCCUGAGUUUUUGAUAAAUCAUGCAGCAUCAAGAUCAGCGGAAGAAGAGCCCCAAAGAUAUGGAGUUUUUUACAGAGCAUGGAGAUGCCAACAGAUACAAAAUUCUAGAGAUUAUUGGCAAGGGGAGCUAUGGAGUUGUUUGUUCAGCCAUUGACACACAGACUGGGGAAAAAGUAGCAAUAAAGAAGAUAAAGGAUAUUUUUGAGCAUAGCUCCGAUGCUAUCCGGAUUUUGCGUGAGAUUAAGUUGCUUCGGCUUUUGCGUCAUCCUGAUAUUGUUGAAAUUAAGCGGAUCAUGCUGCCAUCCUCCAGGCGAGAUUUCAGAGACAUUUAUGUUGUAUUCGAGCUUAUGGAGUCCGACCUUCAUCAAGUCAUCAAAGCUAAUGAUGACUUAACACAUGAGCACCACCGGUUUUUUCUCUAUCAGAUGCUGCGAGCACUGAAAUAUAUGCAUACAGCUAAUGUGUACCAUCGAGACCUUAAACCGAAGAACAUAUUGGCAAAUGCCAACUGCAAACUUAAAAUAUGUGAUUUUGGAUUAGCAAGAGUGGCCUUCAAUGAUGCUCCAACAGCUAUUUUUUGGACGGAUUACGUUGCUACAAGGUGGUACAGGGCUCCUGAGCUCUGUGGAUCUUUCUCCUCCAAGUAUACCCCUGCUAUUGAUAUUUGGAGCAUUGGCUGCAUUUUUGUGGAGGUCUUGACUGGGAAGCCAUUGUUUCCGGGUAAAAGCAUAGUGCAUCAGUUGGAUUUGAUUACCGAUCUUCUUGGGACACCAUCAGCGGAUACAAUUUCUGGCGUACGCAAUGAGAAGGCAAGAAAAUAUUUAGCAGGAAUGCGGAAGAAGCACCCAAUGCCUUUUGCUGAGAAAUUUCCCAAAGCUGAUCCUGCGUCACUUAAUUUAUUGAAAAGGUUGUUAGCAUUUGACCCAAAGGAUCGACCCACUGCUGAAGAGGCGUUGGCGGAUCCUUACUUCAAGGGACUGGCUAAAUUUGAAAGGGAACCUUCCUGUCAGCCAAUCUCAAAGUUGGAGUUUGAGUUUGAACGACGAAGAGUGACAAAGGAAGACAUCAGGGAAUUGAUAUUUCGGGAAAUAUUAGAAUACCAUCCCCAACUGCUGAAGGACUAUUUGGCAGGAAAUGAUGGCAUGAAUUUUCUAUAUCCUAGGUUUUCAACACUUCCAUUCAAGCUUACCUAUUUGCUUAUAAUUUUUAACCUUAUAUUACAUGACUCUCAUAUAAUAAUGGAUUUUUCUCUAUGCAGUGCCAUUGGUCAUUUCCGGCAACAAUUUGCCUAUCUUGAGGAAAAUGAUGGAAAAAGUGGACCCGUGAUUCCUCCUCAAAGAAAGCAUACCUCUCUUCCGAGGUCUACUGUUACCUCAAGUACUAUACCUCCUAAGACACAACCGAAUGCGUCUCUAUUUGAUAAUCGUCAAAAUACAAAAGCAAUGGCCACUGGAGUUAUUUCGGAGGUCAUUUCUGGAAAUCUAUCAAAAGUUUCACAACCACCACCACAUAUGCCCAAUGCCAAGCUGGGAAGAGUGGUGGGACCAGUUUUACCAUAUGAGAACGUCAGACACAUCAAGGAGGCCUACGAUGGGAGAGUAUAUGUUCAGAAUGCGGCUCUUCCUCGAUCAGUCUUUCCACAUUUCUCUGCAGCUAACUUGGCAAAGAAUCAAGAGAAAUAUCGGACUGAAACUGAGAUGGAGUCAUCACGAGGCAAACAAGAAUCUCAGCAAUCCAUGCCAGUUAAAUCAACAAAUGACAUGAAUAUUCCUCCAAAAUUAACUCCAGGAGCGAAUGUCAACUUAAAUAGUAAUACGUACUACAUGACGCAUUCAAAGGCAGGCCUACUGAACAGUCAACUUGCUUUAAACGUGAAAAUGCUUCAAGCUCAAUCUCAGUUCAGUGCAGCCGGGGCUGCUGCUCACAGAGAAGUUGCUGUUCAGUUUGUACCAACUUAGUAGCGGAUCACUGAAAUGAUAUUUUGACAAGGGAGCUUUCGACUUGGAUAACCAAAGGGCACCAAAGAUGAACAGUGUUUAUGAAUUGUGGGAUGGUGUGAAGAAGAUUAUGUGAAUCUUGUGCAGUAAUCACCAAGAGAGUCAUUGUCCCAUAGUAUAUCUUGUUUGGUUAGGAAGUAUAUAGCGAGAAGAGAGUUUUUUUAUUUAGUUUAUGGAGAAGUAUUGGCCCCCUGUAAAUUUACAAUCAUUGUAUUAUUAAUUUAUAUAAUAAAUAUUUGUUAUUCAUGCA